AGACAGAACCCAAAGAAAGGCAAAGAGUCCUGCCCGGCACCGGCGCCGCGCGGGCCGAACCUGCGCCCGGGGAGGGGCGCGCAGAGGGCACGGGGCGCCCGGAGCAGGCGGCGCAGCACCAGCGUUGUGUUAAGUGUCAGGGGGCCACUGUCAGCAAGCUGACAGGGAAACUGAGGCAAGAUGUCGGGCCGGAGCGGGAAGAAGAAAAUGUCCAAGCUGUCCCGUUCAGCCAGGGCCGGUGUCAUCUUCCCAGUGGGGAGGCUGAUGCGGUACCUAAAGAAAGGGACAUUCAAGUACCGGAUCAGCGUGGGCGCUCCCGUCUACAUGGCGGCAGUCAUCGAGUACCUGGCAGCGGAAAUCCUAGAAUUGGCUGGGAAUGCUGCCAGGGACAACAAGAAGGCCCGGAUAGCCCCGAGACACAUCCUGCUGGCAGUUGCCAAUGACGAGGAGCUGAACCAGCUGCUGAAAGGAGUGACCAUCGCCAGCGGAGGCGUUCUGCCCAGAAUUCACCCCGAACUGCUGGCCAAAAAGCGAGGGACCAAAGGCAAGUCGGAAACGAUCCUCUCCCCACCCCCAGAGAAAAGAGGAAGGAAGGCCACGACAGGCAAGAAGGGGGGCAAGAAAUCCAAGGCUGCCAAACCACGGACAUCCAAAAAGUCCAAACCAAAGGACAGCGAUAAAGAAGGAACUUCAAAUUCCACCUCUGAAGAUGGGCCAGGGGAUGGAUUCACUAUCCUGUCUUCUAAGAGCCUUGUUCUAGGGCAGAAGCUGUCCUUGACCCAGAGUGACAUCAGCCAUAUUGGCUCCAUGAGAGUAGAGGGCAUCGUCCACCCAACCACAGCCGAAAUCGACCUCAAGGAAGAUAUAGGUAAGGCCUUGGAAAAGGCUGGGGGGAAAGAGUUCUUGGAAACAGUAAAGGAGCUUCGCAAAUCCCAAGGUCCUUUGGAAGUUGCUGAAGCCGCCGUCAGCCAAUCCAGUGGACUUGCAGCCAAAUUUGUCAUCCACUGUCACAUCCCUCAGUGGGGCUCCGACAAAUGUGAAGAACAGCUUGAAGAGACCAUCAAAAACUGCCUGUCGGCGGCAGAGGACAAAAAGCUCAAAUCUGUCGCGUUCCCUCCUUUCCCCAGUGGCAGAAACUGCUUUCCCAAACAGACGGCAGCCCAGGUGACCCUCAAAGCAAUCUCGUCCCACUUCGACGACUCGAGUGCAUCCUCGCUGAAGAACGUGUACUUCCUGCUCUUUGACAGCGAGAGCAUCGGCAUCUACGUGCAGGAGAUGGCCAAGCUCGACACCAAGUAGCUGCUGCGCUUCCCAGCAGGGACCACCGGAGGAUUAGAGUCACCAGAGUGGGGUUUUAUUUUUUAAAAGGAGAGAGGAAGGGUGCGGCAGGGGAGUUGCAAGGGCUGGAAGGGCAGCAGGCGGUGGAGGCAGCGGGAGC